UUCUGAGGAUGACGUACACGUCAUGUGAGGAAACUGGGCGGGUCUUAACUCGGUUUCCGGAAACAUGGAGGCUGUGCUGAGUGAUGUGGUGGCUCCUGAAGACCUCAUAAAAUUUGAGAAGAAAUAUAACAGCGAGCUAGCGAAGGGUGCUGUGUCCAAAGAAACAAAGUUUGAAUAUGCCUGGUGUUUGAUCAGGAGUAAAUACUCAGGGGAUAUCAAGAAGGGGAUUGUCCUUUUGGAGGAACUCGUUCAGAAAGCAUCGAAGGACGACUCCCGGGACUAUUUGUUCUACCUUGCAGUGGCCAACUACAGACUCAAAGAGUAUGAAAAAGCUCUCAAGUACAUCCGCACUCUCCUAAGGAACGAGCCGGGGAACAAGCAGGCUCUGGAGCUGGAGAAGCUCAUCGAUAAAGCUUUAAAGAAAGAUGGCCUUGUGGGCAUGGCGAUUGUCGGGGGGAUCGGUCUAGGCGUGGCCGGUUUAGCGGGCCUCAUCGGCUUGGCCGUGUCAAAAGGAGCCGCCAAAUCCUAACCUGGGUGUAGGACGGCGUGUCUUCAUUAUGCUGGACUCAUACACUGACCGACCUGCAUAAAAAGAAAAAUAAAGCUUUUGCGUUGAAAGCUUGAAAGGUAUAUAAUUUUGAUUUGAGGGUGAGUGAAAAAUGCCAGUUUUCAAAUUUUAACAGGGUUUCAAAUCAUCAUAAGUACAUUUAUUCACACACUAAUAACCUGUCACUUUCUCAUUUCUAAUGUAAACAAAUGAGAACAGAUGAGGUGCCAUUUAACCUUCAUGUAAUUUUCAUGGUGUGCACUUCAGCCUAAAUUUGUUGACAUUUACAGUUUGUAAAAAUAAUCUUUCCAAAAGCAUCAUUUUGUUUCAGUUGUUUGCUGCGUUGAUUUUGAAGCGUUACAGAAAGUGUUACUGAUGAAGCGGAAAGUGAAGCUUGUAAUCCAAAUGGGAACAGAAUCAUUUGUUUGGUGAUGUUGCUGCUGCAGCUGCUGCAGAGGCAGCGAGCAGAUGUUUGUAUUUACUUUGGACGUGAUGUUUCUUCUGAAUAAAACUUUAAGGGAUGCAAUACUUGUAAUGGAUAUUAAACUGUUUUUCGUUGUGUAUAGAACAUUUCCUAACAUUAAUAUUAACAGAUUGUGUUUUCCAGCUCAAUAAAUAAAAGGAUUUUGAAAUGAGA